GGUGGAGCUCUUCAGGCUGCAUGUACAGAGUGCUGAGGCCUCUCAUAGUGCUUCUGCGCGUGGCUCCAUACGUCGCACUCUGUCCAAGAAAAUCCUGACAUAUCACCUGUACCUAAACUUUCGUACUCUAGCCUGCAAUGUAGGUGAAGACACGGAGGUUUAUUUCUCUCUCUACGAUACCAAAGAAGAAAGAUUUAUCAGUGAGAGGUUUCUGUCCAGACUGACAAAGAAUGGAUUACCACUGAACCAAGACAGGAUACAGAACAACUGUGCCCUCUUUACAGACUUAGGCAAUGAAGACCUGGUGAAAGAUUUGUGGCUGGUUGUCCAGAUAUUCAGAAGAGGUCGAAUAUUACUGAGUGAGUCGUCCAAGAAGAGCCAGCAGCACCAGUUCAGGCGGCCGUAUGGUGUGGCUGUGCUCCACUUACGCGAGAUGAUGACGGCAGACAUGUCUGACGAGAAUGAGAGAGAGUACAGCACCAGGGUGCAGACAUGCACAGACACCCCUGGUGACAAGGACUUCCCCAUGAUGCAUGAGGACAUGAUCAGAAAAACCAAGACAAACCCAGGCCUUGUGAACACUGCAUUAACUGUGUCAUUACGCAAGUUUCAUGGCACUUUGGACGAAGUACGGCACCGGCAUCCGUUGCUGGUUGGGAAGAGUAUAGCAAUCACCAGGAAGAUUGGCUUCUCUGAUGUCAUCAUGCCUGGUGAGGUGCGGAAUGACUUCUACUUCAGUAUCCACAGAGGCGACUUUGAGAAGGGAAAGAAGACGGCGCAGAAAAAUGUGGAAGCGAGGGUGGUUGUUUUAGAUGACAAAGGAAAUGAGAUGAAGGAGUGUCUCAGUGCAGGAUCAGGUGAACUGAAUGGUGACGAGUACAAGUCAUUUAUCAUGUACCAUCACAACAAGACAGUGUGGAAUGAAAUAGUCAAGAUCUGCCUUCCAAUUGACCAAUUCCCACUAUGCCAUGUAAGAUUUGAGUUCAGACAUUGUUCAACACAAAAACCAAAGCACCUGUUUUCAUUUGGCUUCAUACGCCUCCAUGAUGGAGUGACAAUCAGAGACGGGAAACAUGAACUCAUUCUAUAUAAG